CCCACCAUGGGAUGCCAGGCGGAGGCCUGGGUGGGGUUAUGGCCCCUGACCAAUCCUGUCCUUGCAGAUGGGGUCGCCCACUGGAGCCCAACAAGUUCCUGGGACAUGGACAAGGAUGCAUUUCUGAGCUACAGUGAUGGGGUCUCUAUGUCAGUGGUCUCAGCCGAGGUGGAAAUGACGGCCUACGCCCUUCUGACCUACACCCUCCUGGGCGACGUGGCCGCCGCCCUGCCUGUGGUGAAGUGGCUGUCCCAGCAGCGGAACGCACUCGGGGGCUUCUCCUCCACUCAGACCCUGGAGGCACGGACCCCGAGAGGGCAGGGAUGGGGGACAAGGGACAAAGGACAGUGCAGCUGGACCCUCUGCAGGAACCUAGCCCCUACCUCUGUGGACACGCCAACCUGGCUGUCUCAGGACCCCCAGCUCCGAUACCUGUGUGGCUCUUCAGGCCUUGGCUGA